UCUAUUACUCUUAUAAGUGGAGAUUAUCCAUGUAGGUGAAGAAAAUGGUGUGGUGUGUAGAAUGAAGUCACCCGACACUUUUUUCCGUAACUAGUGACAAGGUACUAGAAACAAGGAAUGUAUACGAGGAUGGAGAUGCGAUCAUUUAUGUAUGUUAUAUGUAUGUAUGGAGUAGGGGUGGGAGGGAGUCUUGGAAGUUGUGAACUAUGGGACUUGGACGUGGGUGUCUUUUCUUAUGAGUAUGACUGGUUUAGGGUGGAGAUGGAGAUGCUUAGGAUAUGGAUGGCUUCAGGUGGCUGGUAAUUGUGGUGGUGGUGGUGGUGGUGGUGGUGGUUGUUGCGCGU